GCAACACGUCUGCUCUCCACCUCCGACCGCGUAUACCAAGACGGCCCUGCUGCUGUCGCUGUCUCCGAAUUCUCCUCCACACCCCCGUCUAGCAACACAUUACUCCCACCGCCAUGUCGUCACCAUUCUCAAUAAACGGCGGCGCCUGCGUGGCCAUGGUGGGCAAGGACUGCGUAGCCAUCGCCUGCGACCUCCGCCUCGGCAUGCAAGCUCUCACCGUGUCCAACAACUUCCCCAAGAUCUUCCAAUACGGCGACGUAUUCCUUGGUCUGACGGGCCUCGCCACCGACGUCUCGACCGUGUCCGACCUGUUCCGCUACAAGGUCAACAUGUACCGUCUGCGCGAAGAGCGCAACAUCAGCCCCCAGACCAUGGCCAACCUCGUGAGCUCAAGUCUGUACGAGAAGCGCUUCGGCCCAUACUUUAUCAGCCCCGUAAUUGCAGGCAUCAACCAGACGACGGGAAAGCCGUUCAUCUGCGGCUUCGACAGCAUUGGGUGCAUCGACUUUGCAAAGGACUUUAUCGUGAGCGGUACAGCGAGCGACCAGUUGUUUGGUACAUGCGAGGGGCUGUGGGAGCCGGAUCUGGGCCCAGAAGACCUCUUUGAGACCAUUUCGCAGGCGCUGCUCAACGCCGUCGACCGAGACGCCCUCUCGGGUUGGGGCGCACACGUCUACAUCAUCGAGAAGGACAAGGUGACGAAGCGGUUACUCAAGGGCAGGCAGGAUUGAGAGGGUGCAUGGCACAUGGUGGCAUACAAUGAUGUUAUGAGCUAUGACGCAUGUUAGGAGCGCCAGAAGGCGGACCAAGGGCUAUAGCCAGAUAUGAGACUGCACUGCCCCAAGGCUAGUGUCAAUCACCAAGGGUAUCUGCCUCAUGAGAGGACAAAGAUAGCUCCGUAAUCAAGCAGGUGCCUCCAAUCAAAACCGUUGAGUGCA